UGCUGGAACUUGAUGGGUGUCUGCAACUUAAUUGGGGAAUAAGUGCAAUGCACACCACGUGAGGUUGAAAGUAAGGUCUUUAGCCCCAGUGAGAAGCUUAGUGGAAAGAACAGAGGAAACAGCCCUAGAUAAAAUUGAUUUUCAUGCAACACUCAGCCUGGAAGAUAGUCUUUUAUCACCUCGCUUCAGAAAAAUAUGUAAAACCACCCAUCAGCCCAUGAGGACCUUUAUGUAGCCAGAACAUGUUUAAAAAGAAUCAUGUCGCUGCUUUUCUGCGGCUGGAAGGAUUUAUUUAACUGGAACCGAGCUACAACAGAACUAAAUCUUAUCCAGUUGGUGCAAAUACAUAGCAGAAUGAAGUUUUCAGCAACUGAAGUCAAAAAUGCCUAAUAAUAAGAAUGUGUAUUGUCUCCUUUAAUAGGAAGAAAUGAGUGACCCAAAGUGCUACAGUUCUAGCUGUUGCUAAGCAACAAGGACUCUGUUUUGUUCUGUUUUUGUUUUUUUUUUUCUUUUUUGUCCUGGUCUGUUACUGCCUUAUACUUCUUUUGGUGGAGAAAAAAUACUUGGGGAAAAAAAACAAAACACUGUUGACAUUUACAGGGCCAUAUUAAUAACCUUAUGCUUAAUUAACCAAUUCUCAACUAUUGGACAUAAGAGUUUUGUAGUUCAAGAGAAAAGAGUCAGCAGAAACAGUCAUCCAAUUCUAAAGAGAAAGGCUAUGGAUAUGGAGUCACCUGGAAAGAUAAGUAUCUCUGAACGGUCCAUUCUUUCAAGAAGAAAGGCUGUUGAGAAUAUAGAUUAUCCACACUACUGUUAUCUCUUAAGAAAAAUGAACAUGCCUUUUGUGAAAGGAGUUGAGGACAGACAUGACUAUGGCAGAAUUGAAAAGAAAUGCAACCCUACUUUUCUUAAAUUUCACCCUCACCCCCCUUUGGUCAUGCCAGACUAUCAUUUACACUACCCUUAUCCCCCACCCUAUGGGCCAGAAUAUCCAUUGUUUCCACUUCGUGAUGAUGUACCCUUAGGUGAUCCCUGUUCAGGGUUUUUGAGUCCCGGUGGUGAUGCUGAUUUAAAGCCUGGCAUUGGCAGAACAAUACCAAGCCUGGUGGAUUAUAGUGAUGUGAAACCUCAACAUCGAGUUCCUAGGCCAGACACAGGAUUUCAAACGACACUAAAAAGGCAAAAAAAACUAUUAGAAGAACUAAACCAAAACAGGAAAUGGAAUUCCAGGGCAAUACCAGACAUUUCGAUCAGAGCAAGACUUGGAGGUUGGACAAGCCCGGUGAAAGUUACUCCUGUACAGCCUCCCCAUAAAGGAUCCUUGAUAAAUCACACACACACAUUUGAUGAGGAAGCAACGUGUACAGAUGACGGACAACCACUUUUACAACCAAACAAGAAAUAUAAUGCAAAGGACUCAUUUUAUAAAUCCUCUACACAAAAAGCUUACGAACAUGUUCCUUGGGACAAGAUGCUACCGCCAAAACCCUAUCCAGAAGAAACCACCAUGGAAAAAGCUGCCGACCUCAUCUCACAGUGUUUUACGCUGAAAAGAUAUGAAAGGGUCCCGACAAUAACUCAGAUGGUUGGUGGACUCUGGGACAGAUUUCAAACAAGAUCUUUCUUGGCACCGGUCAAACCAAUUAAUUUUGUGAGUCCAAGUUCUCGAAGCAAAUACAUUCCUCUUUACACUGGUUAUGUGCAGUCCACAGAUGCUGAAGACAUUGACAACCCUUUUGGGGACCUCACAUCUCUGGCCAAGCCUCGGAACUCCACGAUUCUUCACACAAACGUGAGCCGCUCGGCACAUAUCCCAGGAUACACUGGGAAGGUCCAUUUCACAGCCACCCACCCAGCAAAUGCUGAUGUCCCGGCAGCAGCCCCGUUGCCAGACUCGGGAGUGCACCGCAUCUUACGGAAAGAAAUGGCAGUUGACCUCUUUCAUCGCCAGGCACCACUGUCCCAAAUGGUCACAACUGUAAAACCCUACAACCCCUUCAAUAAUAAGGAAGAGGAAACUGUCAGCUACUGA